CAAUAAAUGAGUCUAAAACGUAUGUUUAUGAGUGGACAGAUUCUUUUUGAUAAUAAAGAAUUGUAUUUCUACACAGAAGCAACUAAUGUAGAGUAGUUUUUCGACAUCACUUGCCAUAACUUUGAUUUUUAAAUUAUGACAGUGAAACAGAUCAAUUCUUGAGGUAAAGCUGUUGUUUAAAGUGAAGGAGAGGGACAUCUAAAUAUCAUAAAAACAUAAUAUAUUUAAAGGAAAGAAACUAUAUCAGCAGUAAGGAAAAUAUGAUCGGAUAAAGUGCCAGGUACAGAAACGGAGUUGAUUAAAUCGGCUUGAUGACAUGAUGUUGCUCUUCCAGUAGGUGGCAGUAUAGACAGAAAGGGAGCCUAGAGAAGAAGGAAGCAAUAACAGCGUCCAUUAGGGGCAGUGUAGCACCUGGUAGUUUGCAGACUGCUACAUACUCAGUAGACAAAGAAGAGGUGGGGUGAAAAAAGCGGAAGUUAAAAGUAGAGUUUCCCUAACAGCGAGGGAUGCAUCGCCUCCUAACUUUGUUUGAUUAUUUUACACUUCAGCUGUUUUAGUAGGCGCUCUUCGCGUUCUGUUCCUGUGCAGUUAGCUUCCAUUCUCUGGUUUGUUUCCGUCCAGCUCCUUCUCCAAGCAGAAAGUCCACAAGCGGGAAAUUUGAAAUGUGUUCGCAGAGACUUGCUAAACUAAACUAUCCCAUCAAAGCUUCAAUACAUUAGCUGCUGCCUGCAUGUUGUCUCCGGCUCCCUCUGACUCAACCGCUUUCAGUCCGGGUCAGUCGUCGUGCAGUUCGGACACCGGGGAGGUUUUAAUCCGUUCCACUCGCAUUGUUCUCCCGGAGCGCAGGCUGGAAGCCAGUGAGAUACCCCAAUCCGUUCAAAUAACAGUCCAGAAGCUGGGGGAGCCUGUGCGCGUCCAGUCCCAUCGGGCCAAGGAAACGCAGAGGCCGCGGAAUCCCGGACACAAACCGGAGGCUGUUGACCCAGCUCGGGUAGCAAAGGAUUCCCAAACCGGACCCCUGGCUCCGUCAUCCUCCUCGUGUCAGGAGCUUCAGACAUCAUGCUUCAAGGCUGGGGGGCGAGGAGUGGUGCUGGGAGCGCUGAGACAACGAUCUGUCCCUCUGCCCAGUUGCCACAGCAACCACCACAAGAGGGAAGUCAGCGUCCAGCUACUGCGGCCAAGGUCGACUCAGAACACAUCAAACGGUUGGAACAGCCCUGAUCAGAGCGCUGACGAUGCAGCGAGCAUGUCUGGUUUUCAGACCCAGGCGUCAUCUGGUCGCCUGGGAGACAUCAGCAAAACUGCAGCAGCUGCUGCAGCCGCAGCUGUGGCUGCAACCGCUCCUCUCAUCAAGGCCCAGUCAGACAUUGAAGCUCGAAUGUCUCAGUUGUCUGAAGGCAUCCAGAAGCUGCUGCACACAGACAGGGAGGAUGACGGCCGGAGACGGAGUCUGAGUCAACACACACUGCAUCGCCUGGAGACGCUGCAGAGCCAGCAGCUGCAGCUGCAGAGCCAGCUGCUGGAGUCAGCCAUCAAGAUAGUGACGGGUCAGGAUUCCAUCGCCUCAGACUCCAAAGCCAAAGUCAAAGACCAGAAGCCAAGCUCGUCAGGAACCGGAGGGCCUGCUAUUGCCCCUGCUGUCAUACCAACGGAUGCAGUUGCCAUGGAAACAUGCCACUGUGACUCCAGGCCAGAGCAAUCCAGGAGCAACCUGUAUCUCCAGCAGCGUCCAGCUGAUCCUGUGGCUGAAAGCGUUCAUCUUCAGUCUUUAGCAAAUGACACUCAGGAAGCGGUAAGGAGAGCCAGUGAUAUGCUAAAGCAGAUGGAGUGUCUGAAGACAGAGAUAAAGAUGCUGCUGACUCAGCAAGAAGAUUCCCCAGGCUGCCUCCAGACCCAACAAAGCCAACCUGAGUCCCAACAGAGCAGAUCCAAGCCAAAGGAAGUCCAGGUUGAGUUCCAUGAAAACCAGCUCUACCAGUCAAACUCUGAUCAACACCAGACCCGGCCAAGCAGUCUUCAACCAACCGACCCUCAAAACACUCACCCCCCUUUUCAGGCUUCCCUUGUCCCACACAGACAGUCACAGGAGAACCCGGGUCCACAACUGCAGUCCCAACGUAAUCAGCCCCCUUCUCAGAACCUGAUGCCCAUUACCACAUCGCCCCAAGCUGGGCCCUUAUUAACUCACCACAGCCUUGCCCAAGAAUUCCAGGGUCCAUCUAGCCAGAGUCCUCAAGCCCAUUCCCAUCAGUCCCAGUUUUCACUGCUCCAUAGGAGACCUGGUGGCUCCUCUACGCUGGAGGAGGCGGGCCAGGUUCUCCGUCAGGCUCGGAGACGGAAGAAAGUUCUGGAGAACAACCUGGACGCUCUGCUGAAGGCCAAGAACGGAGAAAUCCUACACUGCCAACUGGAAGCCUUGGCUGCUAACAGAGACCUAACUGAAGAGGUGCGGAUAAAGAAGACAGUGGAUGCCUGGAUCAACGCUUUAACCAGAGACGUCCAGACUCAGGGUCAUCCUCCCCCUCCUCCCGGUGCCAUGCCUCCUCUAGAUGCCAGUCAUUGCAGAGCAGCAAAUGCAACAAAGCCACAGCAGAGGGCUGCAGGCAGGGGCAAGCCAGUGAGCAUGCCCAGAGGAACGAGUAAUCAGCCAGUGAUGGGAAGAGGAGGCAGAGGCCAGACUGCUGGACACAGAAUGGAGGCAGAGCCUGCUGGAGUCUCAGGUAACCUGAUGGGCAGCCAGCAAAACGACAUGGAUGGAGAGCUUUAUCUGACUCGUCUGUACGGCAGACUCCCUCACGAAGGUCUCAGGCGAACCCUGAAGAAGAGCCCAUACCCUCGUUUUAGCUCUCCUGUGUCUCCUCUCGGCAAGAAACAGCACCCUCGACUGGUGGAAAGCAUCAGAGGUGUAAGGCUGAAGUCCUGUAAGACUCAGACCAGUUUCGCUCCGGUCCUCAGUUUGUCAGCGGGACAAGCUUCCCAACACUCCCAUUUAUCCUUACACCACUCUGCUCGACCUGUGGUGAACAGUGCAGAGCGCUCCACUGCUGCCAGGGCAAUCCCACUGCGUCUUCCCAGGUGUGAGCGUGUUCAGGACAGAGCAUCAGUACUUCCUGUUCCUCUGUCAGGGAGCAAGGCCAACGUGAACGAUGGAGCCAACAACCACCAGAAGCAGCAGGUGGUUCCAGAAAAGCCUCCAUCUUCUCCAUCACGCGUCACUGAGAUCAAAGCAGCAGAGCCUCUAAAAGAUGACGAGGAUGAAGAAAACAGCUUCCCGGGAAAUAACUUUCUCUCUGUCACUGAUGUCCACGAGAAGCAGCAGGUGGUUCCAGAAAAGCCUCCAUCUUCUCCAUCACGCAUCAUUGAGAUCAAAGCAGCAGAGCCUCUAAAAGAUGACGAGGAUGAAGAAAACAGCUUCCCGGGAAAUAACUUUCUCUCUGUCACUGAUGUCCACCAGGAGGAGAACAGUGAUGUGGGUGAGGAGGUGGUGGUCCUGGAGGGAGGCCCCCCCCCGGCUCCAGUGCGGUACCACAGCCCGGCCUUCCCGCCUGAAGCCCCCUCCUCUCGCCGUGCUGAGAUUGUGACCCCUGUUGCGGGCCGUGGCCGGACGCAGGAUAUCCUGGAGAACCGGCUGGUGGAGUGGGUGGAGCAGCAGCUGAUGUCCAGGAUGAUAGCUGAUAUGUAUCGCCCUGCCCCACCUGACCCUGCCCAGAAUGACUCCACUGACCAAUCAGAGCUUGAGGAGCAGAGUUUCACCUCAGAUAUUGUGGAAGCAGCAGGAGGUGGAGGUCUGCAGCUCUUUGUAGACGCCAACGUCUCGGUGGAUUCGGCCUUGAUCAGGCAGCUGGUGAACGAGGUUCUGACUGAAACCGUGGCCCAGAUGCUGUCCCAGACCAGUGCAGUGGCUACGGCUCCAGAACCACGACCGGAAGCACCGGAGUCAGAAGAUAAGGAGGACAAAGUGACUCCACUGGUCCCGACACCAGUCCCAUCACCUCCACCCAGCAGGCCCCAGCUCAGCAGAGACUCCACCCCAGCAGCCACUCCUCUUCCAUCUAAACCAUCCAGCCCAGUUCCUCAGGACUCUCCUCAGCCAGUCACAGCUCCAGAACCUGUAGCUACGCCGGCUGCCACACCAGAACCCCGACUGCCCGACAUAAGCUCCUCUGCUGCUCAUCAAGCCCCGCCCCCAGCCUCACAGGGGAACCCACAACUUUCACUGGACGAGCUGGAAGAGCUGGAGUCACAGGAACACCCUCUGCCGCUGUCUGUAGCAGAGGAGGAGCCGGCGGUCAGCAGCCCCGCUCCUGUUCAGUCCCAGCCUCCUCGGGCAGAACCCAGUCCUGCUCCUCCUCCCAGUCAUCUGGAAACCAGUAGCUCCAGCAGCAGCAGCAGCAGCAGCAGCAGCAGCAGCAGCAGCGCUGUAACUGCAGAGACCGAAGCUGCACUCAAACACAUCUCAGAGGGAGAGUUACUCAUCAGCGUCAACCAGCUGGCCCCUCUGACAGAAGAGGAGGAAGUCUGUAGCUUCUCCAGCUCGCUGCAUGAGGUGGAAGACAUGGCCUUUGACUCGUCCACUGUAGAACCGGUUGGAGGUCGUAGCAUUCUGCUGAGUCUGUUGACCAAGAUGGAUCAGGGAGUCACUCACAGAGGACAGAGGCCACAGCCUGAGGGCUCCUGGGGGAGGGAGGAGAUGGAGGACGAGGUGAGUGUGGGGGAGGUGAGAGACUGCGGGCCGGCAAAAUCUCAGAACCAGACCAGAGACCCGACGGGACUGGAUCAGAGCUCAGCCUGCGGACAGAUCAGCCAGCCUGCAGUCUCUGGUUUCCAUGGAAGCAUGUCUGAUCUCACACCUACCAGCUCAGCGCUUCUGCCAUUUUCUACCAGCAUUAUUCUUUAGGCAGUCAGUCAGCUUGAUGUGUGUGUGUGUGUGGGGGGGUUUCUUUGCAGAAGCUUCGAUAGGUUACUGUAUCCCUGUAUGUUUGUAUUUUAUGAUGAUAAUCACAGAGUCCUGUUGCAUAGCAACAGUUUCUGCUGGACUAAAUACUAAAACCUAUAAGAACCAGGUAAAAGACAGAUAGUUUUUCCUUUGGCUUUCUAACAUGUUCUUCAUAAAAUUGAGUCCAACUACUGCAGGGCUUUACUGUUGCUAUGUUGCCAUGGAGACUCUGAGAGUAAGCAGAAGAAAACUCAAACAAACGAAUGAAUAGAUUUUUCCUUUAUUGAGCUGCUGUCUGUGAACUCCGCAGUGUCGUCUCUCCAGCGUUUGGUCCAGCUCUGCCAUCAGGUGUCGUUUUUAAAGACGUGGAUGUUACCUGUGCAGAUGUGUGUGUUUCUGCCCCUGUGGCUGUGCAGGCCAGCGCUGAAGCACACUGAGCCCUGUGUUCCAGAGGCCUUAGCUUUACUCUCUGCACACUCUAUCCUUUCACUGCCCAACUCGGUUUCCGUUCUGCUUAUGAAGCCUGUGAAAGGCCCGUCUUCAUUUCCCUGGUUCCCGCUGCUGCUGCCAGCCCAGAACACGCGUUCCCUCCCUCCACACACUCAGAGCCCACCCAGCUCGGCCUUCAGAGUCCUGAUCCCGUACAGCAGUUUGUUAACAACUUCCUGGUAAAGUCUUCUCCAAAAUUCCCUGGCAGGAUUGUUUUAAUUCAGCAAGCAUGGACUUUCUGACAUGAUCGGCCUGUUUGAAGUCCUUUCACAGAUUUGAGUCCAGACUUUAAAGCUGUAGUAUAUAACUUUUAUAUAUGUAAAACAUACUUAAGUUUACUUGUAUAGCACAUUUCAGCAACAAGGCAGUUAAAAAAAACAUCAUAAACAUACAAUCAACAGUUGAGAAAAGCUGUAACAGACAUUACAUUUUGUCAAGUGCCAUCAUUGAAAUCAUCAGUGCACAUCAAAUAUGUUGGUUAAUAUUCCAUUUAUUAUGGUUGAAAAGCAGCUCUAACCAGGAGGGGUUUUAACCUGGUCUUAAAGGCACUCAGUGUUUCAGCUAUUUUUCAGUUUUCUGGAAAUUUGUUCUGCUGCUUUUCCAUGUUUGGUUCUACUUCUGGAUGGAGACCAGAACCAGAAGACCUGAGAGGUUCUGGAAGGUUGAUGCAACAACAGCAGAUCUUUAAGCCGUUCAGUGAUUUAUAAACUAACAUCAGUUAGUUUAUAAAUCUAACUGAUGUUAGUUUUAUAACAUCAGUUUACAGUCUAUUCUCUCAGUGAAGGACUUUAGAACUGUACUAAUGUGCUCGAUCUUCCUGGUUUCAGUCAGAACACCAGCAGCAGCUUUCUGGAUCAGCUGCAGCUGGAAGAUUGAUCUGUUAGGUUAAUGUGUGAAGACACUGUUGCAGUAAUCGAUGCAACUAAAGAUAAACACUCUGGAUCUUGCUGAGACAUUAGUCCUUUAAUUCUAUCCUAUAAAAAUGUUCUUCAGUUGACAGAAGGCCGACUUUGUAACUGUCUUCAUGUGACUCUGAAGGUUCAGGUUCAUCACUACAACCAGAUUUCAGACCUGAUCACUAGUUUCUAGAUGUAAUAACCGAAGCUCUGACUCUAGAUCAGUCCAAAGAUAAUAACUUCAGUUUGUUUCUGUUCAGCUGGAGAAGGUUUUGGCACAUCCAUACAUUUAUCUGUUCUAAGCAUCUGUUCAGUGCUUAGGUUGGUUCAGAGUCACCUGGUGACAUUGUAAUGUGGAGCUGUAUGUCAUCUGCAUGGUUACAUAUAGAUAUUAAAUAAGAGGAGUCUCAGGAUUGGCCCUCGGUGUACAACAUAUAUCACCUCUGUCUGCGUCAUCGAGAAGUUUCGUAUUGAAACAAAGAAAUCCCUGUUCUUUAUGUAGGACUCAUAACCAACUGAGUACUGGACCGGAGAGUCCGACCCAACUCUCCAGUCAUUCCAGUAAUAUGUCGUGGUCAACAUUGUUAAAUGCUGUGCUGAGGUCCAACAGAACCAGCACUGUGGUUCUUCCACAGUCUGUAUUUAUGUGGAUGUCAUUGAACAGUUUGACGAGGGCUCUGUGGUGAGCACGGAAACUGGACCGAAAGACGUCAAAGCGGUUGGUCAUCGUUAAAAAACUAUGUAACUGUUGAAAGAAGAUGGCAACAGUAGCACUGGGAGGAGGUGUAAGCGCUCCAUCUUUUCACAGAUUUUCUGUCUCAUUACACAGUCUGGAGAUGGGGAUGUUUUAACAAAUAUGUAAAAAAUAAAAAUGGAUAAACAGUUUUAAAAAGCUUUAUAAAACACCCUGUUUAGUUUCUUUGGGUCAUUCAGCGGUGGACCUGCUGCUGCAGUCCCCCAGUGAGCUUACGCUUAAAGACCUAACCUCUGGUCAGACAUUUAUCUUCAGACUUUCUAGAGAGCAGAAUUUACGGCUCCAUCAAUAAAGUAGCAAAGCAGCCCCAGACCAUCUCACUACACUGUUAGACAGUGUGAUGUUCUUUUUCUAAAAUUCUAAAAUACCUGGCCAUUGACUCCUUAAGCAUUUCCGCUUGAUUCUCAUGUCUCCUCAGUGCUCCGUCUGGGAUUUCUCCCAUUGAGCUGAAUUUCUCGGAUUAUGUUGAUUUUCUACUAUGGUCUGCCUGUAAUUUGGCAAUGGCAGCGGAUGAAGAGAACGACACCAUUCAGUCCAUGUUGGCCAUGCUUCCACAGUAUUGAUGACUUAAAGUCAGGUCAUUGCCAGCAGAAAAGACACUGGGCUCGAGACUUUCUGUCUUUGCAGUGUGGGGUGGUUUCACACUGCAGACAGUGUUUACUGUUUGUGUUUAAAAUGUUAGCGAAUUUGGCCAGUCACUAACAUUUCCAAUCGAUUCAAACUUCAACAGAGGCUUCCAGAAAGCCCAGACGCUUUGCAGGAAGUUAGAGAGUAGAACAAGGGGUUGCUUGUUGCCAGGAUACUGUUUUAUAUCAGAUGUAACCAAACAACACCUUCCAAACAGUUCCACAUCCCCAGUCUCUCUUUCAUGUUGACUCCUGAUAAACUCUGAGCUUAACUGAGGCAGUAUGGUCAUUAACAGUCACCAAAGACUAGAUUAUUUUUAACCCAGAAGUUACAAUCUGUUGAUUUUAAGUGCAUGUAAAAUAUCUUCUAGUGUUAAGCACUAAAACAGGAAAUCAAAUAGCAGUUCUAAUGUGUAAAAAAAAUUAAGUGGUGAGUAAAUAACAAAAGAAAUGUUAGAGACCUACAUUGUUCUAUUUAGUUUAAAUGUUUCUAAAAGACUUGAAGAAAAACUGUAGGUUAGCCCUAAAAUGCUUAAUGGAACCAACUUUUAUUUGCACGUAUACAAUACAAAAAUAAAUGUGUUUAGUGUCAAAACAUAAAAAUGUUAAGAUAUCCAUAAGCCAUUAUGUUAAUUACUUAACAAAAUGGCUUUAAGACGAGUGGGUUUGUCUAGACUCUAGAACAACCCUGACCUUCCAGUCAAAUUGCUCAUUUUAUAGUCAAUAAAGAUAAUUAUUUUUUUCUUAGAUGUUGGACAUCUGGACAAACAAAAUCCACAGGGAGGAGCCAGGAAGACAGGUGUUCAUCUGGCCACCUGUAGAGCCCAGGAUAGAAAUGAGGAGACCGGCCGGUCAGUGGAUGUGGACACAGACUCCUC